AUGUCAGUCGGGGUGGUAGCAAUAAAACAGAGUUUGUUGAUCCUGGUGUGUAUCUCGUUGAGUUCCGCGGAUCCUCCGGAAGGAGCCAACAAAACAGUAAAGACUCAUCUACCGCCGCUACGAAUCCCAGAGACUUACGCUCCAAAAAAUAAUCCUCUGGAGGCGAAAUGCGACCACCAAGUCCAAAUUUUCGAAAACUCGCUCCAAAAGUUCGAGCUCUGGGCGCUGGAAACUAAUAUGGCACCCUUCUCCUUUGGUUUGUUAGUGUUUGACGCGAGCACAAAGAUUCCCUCGGGGAUCUUCCAGGGGAACAUCAAGGACCUGGGGAUGUACGACCAGUGCCUCAAGAUCAACGCCACUGUCGGGAACGAGACCAUCAGAGGGAAGCACUGCAUGUACACCCUCGAGGGGGAAUUCAAUGCAACAAAGCUGCCUGUUAAUCCUGCUCUGAGUGUCUGCUUUCCAGCUACCUGCAGCCCGAAGCAGGUCAAGGAGAAGAUGCAGGGGCUGAUUAACAUGACUGAACCGUUCCUGGGCGGCAUCAAGAUCCACGUAAAAGACGCGACCUGCUCCGAAGAUGAUGAUCAGCCCUGGGAACUCGGUGCUAAAGUCACUCUUGGAGUCUUCGGAAGUCUUGUAACCUUCCUAUUAAUCUGCACCUUCUGUGACCUGCUAUCACGAAUUACCAGUAUCAACAGCAGCUUGGUAAACACUCUCUGCAAAUUCUCAUUAAUCGUGAACGGUCAACGCAUCCUGAGCACUAAAGCCGGCAAAGGGAACCUACCAGCCAUAGCAGGCAUCAGGUUCUACAGUAUGUGUUGGGUCAUCCUAGGGCACACUUACAUCCACAGUUUUUUCGGCAGCGUCGUUAAUUCUGCUGAUGCUUUGCCAUGGUUCCGCUCCUGGGGCGCUAUACACAUCCUUAUAGCUCCUUUUGCAGUGGAUACAUUUUUUGCAAUGAGCGGUUUCUUGACUUCAUACUUAUUUUUUAAAGAAAUGGCUCGUGGACGGAAUUUUAAUAUAUUUUAUUACUAUAUUCACAGAUAUAUAAGAUUAACACCGGCGUUUAUGGCGCUGCUGUUAUUUACAACCUUCCUGCUUCCAAAAUUGGGUUCAGGCGCCCUCUGGCAGUCAAUAAUCACAACUGAAAGUAACUACUGCAGACUCAACUGGUGGCCGAUGCUCCUUUAUGUUCACAAUUACGUUUACAAAGAUGGUAUGAUGUGUAUGGGCCACUCCUGGUACCUGGCAGUGGAUAUGCAACUCUUCUGGGUGAGCCCAUUAAUCAUCUAUCCGCUUUACAAGAAGCCCAAGCUGGGAUUAAUCAUCCUCUCGGCCGCCAUUGCUGCGUCGAUGAUCACGCCAGCUGUUGUAGCGGCUGUUAAUAAGUUCACUGUUUCUUUAAGAGUGACUGGCGAUCUUAACAGCGUGGUAGACAUGAUGCUUUACUUCUACAUCGUUACUUAUACUCGGGCUGGGCCCUGGGUCCUAGGAGUCCUAUUGGGGUACAUUUUGGCAACCGGUAGGAGACUCCCAACCCCUAUUAAGAGGAAGCUUGGCUGGAUUUUGGCAAUUUUAGCCUUCGCGUACUCGUUUUUUACCUACAGAAUCUACCAACAAGAAGACUACCAGUGGAAUAUCUACUGGGAAACCUUCCAAGCUGCGUUUGCUAGGAAUAUUUGGGCGUUUGGAGGCUGCUGGAUCAUCUAUGUGUCUGUUCUAGGCCACGGAGGAAUAUUGUCGAAAUUUCUUUCACUACCGAUCUACUUGCCCUUCAGCAGAUUAUCAUACUCAAUGUACCUCCUUCACUACCAAAUUCAGACAAUUAAAAUAGCAUCUUCACGAAUUUCAGCCUACUUUAGCGACGUUCAGAUGCUGGAAGGAUUCAUCAACGACCUGGUGAUUUGCUUCCUCAGUGCUUUUGUCUUCAGCCUGAUCUUCGAGUCGCCAUUUUUGGUCCUGGAAAAGUUGAUCCUUACUAAAAAAGGAAAAGUAGACAAACGUGAGACAGUUGAUAAGAAUAAUUUUGAGAAAUUGCAGGAAGGAGAUGCUUCAGUUGAGAACGGAGUCGUUAAUAACGGGUUUGAGAACACAAAGAUUCCCUCGGGGAUCUUCCAGGGGAACAUCAAGGACCUGGGGAUGUACGACCAGUGCCUCAAGGUCAACGCCACUGUCGGGAACGAGACCAUCAGAGGGAAGCACUGCAUGUACACCCUCGAGGGGAAUUUUAAUGCAAAAAAACUGCCUAUUGAUCCUAUUAUGAGUGUCUGCUUGCCAGCUACCUGCAGCCCGAAGCAGGUCAAGGAGAAGAUGCAGAAGCUGAUGAACAUGGCUGAACAGUUCCUGGGCGGUCGCGAGAUCCGGGUAAAAAACGCGACCUGCUCCGAAGUUGAUGAUCAGCCCUGGGAACUCGGUGCUAAAGUCACUCUGGGCGUCUUUGGGGGUCUUGUGACCUUCCUAUUAAUCUGCACCUUCUGCAAACUACUUCCAAAGAUCAUCAGCAUCAACAGUGGCUUGAUCAACACCCUCGGCAAAUUUUCAUUCAUCGUCAACGGCCGAAAUAUCCUGAGCACCAAGGCCCCUGAAGAAAACCUAACAAUCAUUGCAGGCCUCAAAGUCUACGGCAUAUCCUUAAUCGUCCUAGGACACAGAUACUUUAUAACAUCCCACGGUAGUGUUGUUAAUCUUGCUGACACCGAGCCGUGGAGCCGCUCUUGGCAAGCGACCUUCAUCUUUACUUUCCCUCAAUAUUCGGUGGAUACAUUUCUUACAAUAACUGGAGUUUUAACUUCUUACUUGUUUCUCAAGGAAAUGGCCAAAGGGUGCAAGUUUAACAUUUUUCUCUACUAUCUUCAUCGAUAUUUAAGAUUAACCCCUAUGUUCAUGGCACUGAUAUCAAUUACAACAUUCCUGCUUCCAAAACUGGGUUCAGGCGCCCUCUGGCAGACAAUAACAACCACCGAGAGUGACUCUUGUAAACGCGAGUGGUGGCCGAUGCUCCUAUAUGUUCACAAUUUCGUCUACACAGACGGUAUGUCAUGUCUACUCCACACCUGGUACCUGGCAUUGGACAUGCAGCUGUUCUGGGUGAGCCCAUUAAUCAUCUAUCCGCUUUACAAGAAGCCCAAGCUGGGAUUAAUCAUCCUCUCGGCCGCCAUUGCUGCGUCGGUAAUCACGCCAGCUGUUGUAGCGGCUAUUAAAAAAUUCUCUACAGCCUUUCAACCGAAGGAUAAUGAUGAUAGGUUUAUGUUGCUGAACUUUUACAUCUUAACUUACAACCGCGCUGGGCCUUGGUUGCUAGGAAUCUUAUUGGGAUACCUUUUGGCAACCGGUAAGAGACUUCCUAUUCCUGGAGGGAGGAAACUUGGCUGGAUUUUGGCGAUUUUAGCCUUCGCGUACUCGUUUUUUACGUACAGAAUCUAUCAACAAGAAGACUACAAGUGGAACAUCUACUGGGAAUCCUUUCAUUCUGGGGUCGCGAGGCAUUUCUGGGCGUUUGGAGUCUGCUGGAUCAUCUAUGUGUCUGCUCAAGGCCACGGAGGCCUCGUGUCCAAGUUCCUGUCACUGCCAAUCUACUUGCCUCUCAGCAGAAUAUCAUACUCAAUUUAUCUGCUACACUACACCUUACAGACCACCAAAAUGGCCGCCGUUAGAGUGCCCUACUACUUCAAUGACUUAGAACUGCUCCAAAUCUACCUCAGUGAUAUGUCAGUCUGCAUAAUCGGCGGGUUUUUCUUUACACUGAUUUUCGAGUCGCCAUUUGUGGAGAUCUUCCAAAACAAACUACUUUUGGAAACGAGAUCAUCAUUCAUGCAGAUAAAAAACAAUUUGAUUAAUCUAGGCGUUUUAGGGGCUCUUAUGACCUUCCUAUUAAUUUGCACUAUCUGCGAAUUGCUUUUGAUGUUAACCAGCAUCAACAGUAGCUUGAUCAAGACCCUCGGAAAAUUUUCAUUAAUUGUCAAUAGCCGACGCAUCCUGAGCACCAAGGCCCCUGAAGAAAACCUACCAAUAAUUGCAGGCGUCAAAGCCUAUGCCUUAGCCUUAGUCGUCCUAGGACACAGAUAUUUCAAAACAGUCUUUAGUAGCGUUGUUAAUCUUGCUGACAUCAAGCCGUGGUGGUAUUCUUGGAAAGCAACCUUCAUCUUAUCUUUCCCUCAGUAUUCGGUGGAUACAUUUCUUACAAUAACUGGAGUGUUAACUUCUUACUUGUUUCUCAAGGAAAUGGCCAGGGGGCGCAAGUUUAACAUUUUUUUCUACUAUUUUCAUCGAUAUUUUAGAUUAACUCCUAUGUUCAUGGCACUGGUGUUAAUUACAACAUUUCUGGUUCCAAAACUGGGUUCAGGCGCCCUCUGGCAAACAACAACGACCACUGAGAGUGACUCUUGCAAACGCGAGUGGUGGCCGAUGCUCCUAUAUGUUCACAAUUACGUCUACACAGACGGCCUGAUGUGUAUGGGCCACUCCUGGUACCUGGCAGUGGACAUGCAACUCUUCUGGGUGAGCCCAUUAAUCAUCUAUCCACUUUACAAGAAGCCCAAGGUGGGAUUAAUCAUCCUCUCGGCCGCUAUUGUUGCGUCGAUGAUCUCGCCAGCUGUUGUAGCGGCUGUCAAUAAACUACCUGCAACCUUACACCCGAAGGAUCGACUUCCCAUCCCUGGAGGGAGGAAACUUGGCUGGAUUUUGGCGAUUCUAGCCUUCGCGUACUCGUUUUUUACGUACACAGUCUACCAAAAAAAAGACUACAAGUGGAAUAUCUACUGGGAAACCUUCCAGGCUGCGUUUGCGAGGCAUUUCUGGGCAUUUGGAGUCUGCUGGAUCAUCUAUGUGUCUGCUGUAGGCCACGGAGGCCUCGUGUCCAAGUUCCUGUCUCUGCCAAUCUACUUGCCUCUCAGCAGGAUAUCAUACUCAAUUUACCUGUUACACUACACCAUCCAGUCCAUUAAACUGGCCUCCGAUAGAGUCCCCUUCUACUUCACUGACUUUAAGCUGCUCGAAUUCUACCUCAGCGAUAUGUUGAUCUGCAUUAUCGGCGGGUUUCUCUGCACACUGAUUUUCGAGUCGCCAUUUGUGGUCCUGGAAAAAUUGAUAUUCUCCAGGAAAAAGCCGACUAAGCAAUCUUCAGGAAAUCUUCCAAAUGAAACUACUUUUGGCAGCGAGAUCAUCAUUCAUGCAUAUGAAUUUAUAAAAACGAUUUGA